AUGUCAAAAUUAUCCUUACAAAAUGCUAUUUUAACCUAUGAACAAUUAGAAUCUACUCCUUCGAAAAUUGAUGAAAUUCCUGAGGAUCUCGAAGAUAAUCUGCGAAAACUUGGCUGUGAUUUGAUUCAGUCAGCAGGAAUUCUUUUGCGACUGCCACAAGUAGCAAUGGCAACUGCUCAAGUACUUUUCCAACGAUUUUUUUAUGUGGAGUCAUUGAGAAAAUCUUCUAUCAGAGAUAUAGGCAUGGGUUCUCUGUUCCUCGCUUCUAAGGUACAAGAAUCUCCUUGUAAAAUACGCGAUUUGAUCAAUGUCUAUCAUUAUUUGAUGCAACGUUAUCGUAAUUUACCCGUGGAACCAUUAGAAUACUUUGGCUCGGAAGUAUAUGAAAUGAAAGAAGCAUUAACAGUUGCUGAGAUGCAAAUACUUAAAAAAUUAGGAUUUAAUGUUCAUGUACAACUACCAUAUGGAUUAAUGGUAAAUUACUUGAAAGUAUUAGAACUCACUGAACAUGAAACCAUUCCGCAAAAGGCUUGGGGUUAUUUAAAUGACUCGCAU